GACGUUUAUCAAUAAAUACUUGUCGCCUUCUCUCUUCCGGACUAAAUUCGUUUUCCCUCCUCUUCUGCUUACCGAAAGACUAUAUCUCCGACGGACCUUCCUUUCUCUCUCUAGUUAAUCCGACCUCGGGCUCGUGAUAAUGGCUACUUUUGGUGCGGCCGCUAACGCAAACAGUAACCCUAACAAAUCGUACGAGGUUACUCCGUCACCAGGGGACUCUAUUUCGAGCUUAAGUUUCAGUCCAAGAGCAGAUAUACUUGUGGCCACUUCAUGGGACAAUCAGGUGAGGUGUUGGGAAAUAUCCCGUAGUGGAGCCUCUAUAGCCAGUGCUCCGAAAGCAUCAAUAUCGCAUGAUCAGCCGGUUCUCUGUUCUGCUUGGAAAGAUGAUGGAACCACAGUCUUCAGUGGUGGAUGUGAUAAGCAAGCUAAAAUGUGGCCCUUGUUGUCCGGUGGUCAACCUGUAACUGUAGCUAUGCACGAAGGUCCUAUCGUAGCUAUGGCUUGGAUCCCAGGAAUGAACCUUCUUGCAACUGGAAGUUGGGAUAAAACUUUGAAAUAUUGGGACACAAGACAGCCAAAUCCCGUGCAUACCCAACAGCUUCCAGAUAAAUGUUAUGCAUUGUCUGUGAAGCAUCCUCUGAUGGUUGUCGGAACUGCUGAUAGAAAUCUGAUAGUCUUCAACUUGCAAAAUCCUCAGACUGAGUUCAAGAGAAUCCAAUCCCCACUAAAGUACCAGACGAGGUGUGUUACUGCCUUCCCUGAUCAGCAAGGAUUUUUGGUUGGUUCAAUUGAAGGGCGGGUUGGUGUCCAUCAUCUGGAUGAUUCUCAACAGAGCAAAAACUUCACAUUCAAAUGCCACAGAGAUGGGAACGAUAUAUAUUCUGUGAACUCUCUGAAUUUCCACCCGGUUCAUGGGACUUUUGCCACUGCGGGCUCUGAUGGUGCUUUCAACUUCUGGGAUAAGGAUAGUAAACAAAGACUCAAGGCCAUGUCGAGGUGCAGUCAGCCAAUUCCUUGCAGUUCGUUCAACCAUGAUGGCUCGAUAUAUGCAUAUGCGUCUUGCUAUGACUGGAGCAAAGGUGCAGAAAAUCACAACCCGGCAACUGCAAAAAGCAGCAUUUUCUUGCACCUGCCACAGGAGAACGAGGUGAAGGCGAAGCCAAGAGUUGGAGCAACCGGCAGAAAAUGAGAAUUGCUUAUAGUUUGCGUAGUCGGAUUUAUUUUGGUAUUGGACUUUGUUGUCUAAUCGACUCGACUUAGUUGAUGACAUUUUUUUGAAUAUAGAGUUAUGUCUAAAGUAAAAUCCUCGGAUGUUUUAUGCCUUUGGCUCAAUUCGGAUUUCAGAACAAUCUUAUCUCUCACUCA